AUAAAGCUUCCCGCGCACACCGCGGAUGAGAUAACCAGCCGCACGGACUAAAUCAACCAGACUUUCCUGUAGAUUCAAGGCCAUUUCAACUGCUCCAUUUCACCCUGUUUCCAAAAUGCCCCGCAUUGAGAAUGACAUCAAGCUGGACUUCAAGGAUGUGCUCCUCCGUCCAAAGAGAAGCACACUCAAGUCAAGGAGCGAGGUCGACCUAAUGAGGAGCUACACUUUCAGGAACUCCAAGGGCAGCUACAGGGGGAUCCCCAUCAUCGCCGCAAACAUGGACACCGUGGGGACCUUUGAGAUGGCCCUGGCUUUGCACGAGUUCACUCUCUUCACCACGGUUCACAAACACUACUCCGUGGAUGACUGGGUGGAGUUUGCAAAAAAGAAUCCUGACUGCCUGAAGAAUGUAGCGGUCAGCACAGGGACCGGGGAAGGCGACUUUGACCGGAUUUCAGCCAUCUUGGCGGCGGUGCCACAGCUGCAGUACAUCUGUGUCGACGUGGCGAACGGCUACUCCGAACACUUCGUUCACUUUGUCAAAGACGUCAGGGAGAAGUUCCGCUCUCACACCAUCAUGGCAGGAAACGUGGUGACAGGAGAGAUGGUAGAGGAGCUGAUCCUGGCUGGCGCGGACAUCAUCAAAGUAGGCAUCGGACCAGGCUCUGUGUGUACCACCCGCAAGAAGACGGGGGUGGGGUACCCCCAGCUCAGCGCUGUGAUCGAGUGUGCCGAUGCAGCCCAUGGCUUGGGGGGCCACAUCAUCUCUGACGGGGGAUGCACUUGCCCAGGAGACGUCUCGAAGGCUUUCGGUGCCGGUGCGGACUUCGUGAUGCUGGGCGGUAUGCUGGCUGGCCACUCAGAAAGCGGGGGAGAGGUUAUUGAGAAAAAUGGCAAGAAAUAUAAGCUGUUCUACGGCAUGAGCUCCGACACGGCGAUGCAGAAACAUGCAGGAGGCGUGGCUGAGUACAGAGCGUCGGAGGGGAAGACAGUUGAAGUCCCUUACAAAGGCCCGGUGGAGGUGACGAUACGAGACGUCCUGGGCGGGGUCCGCUCCUCCUGCACCUACGUUGGGGCGGGCAAACUGAAGGAGCUGAGCCGCAGGACCACCUUCAUCAGGGUCACCCAGCAGCUCAACACCGUCUUCGGCAACGACAGCUGAACGUGCAGCUCGACGCUCCUUUCAGAUGGAACCAUGAGUCUGCACAGACAUGAAUAUUAAUACUUAAGUGCUUUUACUAUGCUUAUUAGUUGUUAAAGCUAAUGCAAUUUCAUUUUAUUGGGUUUUGACUUCACUGAUAUGAACACAUUAGACUGUUACAUUUAUUAUCCGAUUCUUAAAGAGUUUCAGAGGUCAGACCAAACUAGAGCAGUACAUGUCCAGCUCUUCGCAUGUCUGCUGCCUCAUCAUUCCAAUGCUAAGUUCUUUUUUUACAUGUAUGCAAAUCUGCAGCUGUCUAUCAAAAGUAUCCACAACAUGUGUUUAUGCCCUGUGCCGAGAUCAUACUGCAAGCCAUUGUCUCACACACAAUUUUAGCAAAUGUCUUAAAUUGAAAACAAAUGUUUUUAGAAAUUCAAUCAUUCCACCACGCUUUAAAUUUUGCACUUUUUAAUUUUUGUAAUUUGAGAGUCUAAUAGUUUUUAUUAUUGUUUCAUUGAUAUGUUAUGGAACUACAGUGUCACACAUACGUUACAUUUUUAUUUUAAAAAGUAGGUGAGUUAGAUUUAGAGAGAAUGUAUACCUGGACCACAGUACAUACUGAAUGAGUGCAGCACUCGAGCACAUAGCAAUGAAGGGCUGAAGUCCUCACACAGGUGUUAUUCAACAUAAAGAUAUAUGCAGAUUCUUCUCUUCUCUGGUUCCAGCUGCUCCUGUUCAGUACCAAAAGUCUGUGUGGGCUUAAUGUGUGCAUUUAAAUUCAUUUAUGAUUCACUGCAUUCCUUUAAAUUAAGUUGUUCUUCAGAGGUUUUAACGUAUUGGUCUCACUUCACACAGUGUCUGUAGUUACUCCACUUCAAGCUGUUCUUGCAUGAUCUGCGUUCUUUCAUUUUUGUUACGGUUUUUAAAUUCACUUAUUUUAAAACGGUCAAUAAAAACAUUCCACGUCUUA